CGCAAUAGCAUCGCGCUAUUGACCGCCACAUGAAAAUCUCAGUUUUUAUAAUUUUUAAUUUAUUUUUAAUUUACCGAACUCAAACUGCGCUAGUUAUUUUCAAAGCUAAAUUUUUUAGCGCGCCAUGGGAAACAUACCUAUUUUCCGUCUUCAGUUUUCCAUUUUCUUCAACCAAUUCUUUUGUAUAAAGAACCCUCGUUUCAUUGCUCAACUCGCUCAUUCUCCAAACCCUAAUUUUCAGAGCAACACUGCACUACUUACACUCGGAGAUGGAGACUCGUGCCUCAAAGAAGAGAUCAAACUCACAACAACCACUCGUUAUUGUUCCCAAAAGGCAUAGAGUUGUUUUGGGUGAACUCUCCGAUUUUAUUAUUCCCCAAAAUAACCCUGCACAGAAACUUCAAUGUCAGAAGAAUUCCAAUCUCAAAAAAUUAGAUACAACAGCCCUUCAAUUGCCAGAUAUCGAGCCUUAUGUAUCCGACAUCAAUGACUAUCUUCAUGCUAUGGAGAUGCAGAAAAAGAGAAGACCAAUGGUUGGUUACAUUCAGAAUAUUCAGAGAGAGGUUACUUCAAACAUGAGGGGGACAUUGGUUGAUUGGUUAGUUGAGGUUGCAGAUGAGUACAAGCUUCUUCCUGAUACCCUUUAUCUAGCUGUUUCCUACAUUGAUAAGUUUUUAUCUAUUCACCCUGUCAAAAGAUCCAACCUUCAAUUGCUUGGUGUUUCUUCCAUGCUCAUUGCAUCAAAGUAUGAAGAAAUCACCCCGCCCAAGGCAGUAGAUUUCUGCCAGAUUACUGAUAACAUCUAUGACCUUGAAGAUGUUUUAAAGAUGGAAGCUGAUAUACUCAAGACCCUAAAUUUUGAAAUGGGCAGCCCUAAUGUAAACACAUUUCUAAAGAGUUGUGUUGGGAUUGCUACUGAGAACAAAAAGACUUCCAACUUGCAGUUUGAAUCACUGUGCAACUAUCUUGCUGAGUUAAGCUUGUUGGACUAUGAGUGUAUCAGGUUCUUGCCUUCUGUUGUGGCUGCAUCAGUUAUAUUUCUUUCCAGAUUUAUUAUCUGGCCUGGAUUACAUCCUUGGACUUCGUCCAUGUGUGAAUGCUUUGGUUACAAAUCGGCUGAGUUGGAAGAAUGUGUUCUCAUUUUACAUGACUUGUAUUUGUCAAGAAGGGCUGCAUCCUUCAAAGCUGUUCGUGAUAAAUACAAGCAGCCCAAGUUUAAAUGUGUGGCAAAUCUGCCUUCUCCGCCAGAGGUACUAAAACAUUACUUUGAAGAAGAGUGACGUAGGGUAAAUUACUUGGUGGAUUAAGUUAAUGGCUGACAAAUAUGAAGGACUUUUGAGAUUGGCUAUUAUGAAGGACUUUUGAGAUUGGCUGACAAAUAUGACAAAUAUUAAUGGCUGACAAUUACUGAUGCUGACUGGCUGUUAACUUACGAUGAGAAUCUGGUUUUGGUACUAAUUGCCAAGUCCCUUUUGUUAAAGUUGUCACUUGUUAAUACAAUUGAUGCUCCUGGGAUCUUGUCCAUGAUAAACUAAUUCAUAUGAUUGGUCACUUGCAGAAUAGGGUGUACACAGUGAUUAGUGAGAGUUUUAGUUUAUUUUUUUAUUUUUUAGUUUUAACAGUUUGAUUUUUACGGUAGAAGUAUAAUUGCCUCAGGUGUAAACAAUAUAAGAGAAAUAUAUGAUACCACAUGGUUAUUAUUUUUGCAAUGAAGAAUGCAAGACUUUUUCUCUAGAAUUGAAACA